GCCUUUGUCACAUGAUCCAGGGCAAUGGCGGCUGCGAGGGCUGCCGGCUGCCCCCCCUGCUCUUUCCUUCCGGCUUUUCUCCUUUUGCUGCUGCUGUCGCCGCCACUGCUCGUCCAGGCUGCUGGAGUCGGUAGCUGCCGGGGAGAGCCGGGCCUCAGGCCAGGUGAGAGCCGGGACACUGAGGCCUGUGGACUGACCCUGCAUCUGGAGCAUUCAUUUGAGCUGGAUGACAGCAUCCAAUUCAAAAAGCGGGGCACUCUCCUCUGGAACGUGGCUCCUGACACCAGCCUCUCACUCAGCCAGAAGCAGUUGACUGAGGAUGAGCGCAACAAACUUAGGGAGGUGGCUACAGAAGGAGGGCUCUACCGCGUACGGAUCCCACGACGGCCCCUGGGGGCCACUGAGGAGACCGGAGUUGAAUAUGUCACCUCCUUUGUCCGAGCGUGCUCAAUGGUAGAGUCUCAUCUGUCAGAUAGGCUGACGGUUCACACAGACGUGACUGGCAACAUCAUUGGCCUCUCCAUCGUCACUGUGCCUGGCUCCUGCCAUGGGGCUGAGGUGGAGGAUGUGGACCUGGAACUGUUCAACACCACGGUUCUUCUCCAGCAGCCCAUCCCAGCAGCCGUCCCUGAGACAGCAGCAUUCAUCGAACGCAUGGAACAAGAGCAGGCACAGAAAGCCAAAAAUCCACAGGAGCAGAAAUCUUUCUUUGCCAAAUACUGGCAUUUAAUUCUGGGCGGGGCAGUGCUUCUCCUGGCAACCAGCUCUGCAACAGCCCCUCGGGAGCCAGGACGCCAGCCCUGAGCAAAAUGGAUGUAUAUUAUUCCCAUCGUCCUCUUCCUGAUGAUGUCUGGAGCACCAGAUGCAGGGGGGCAGGGAGGGGGC